CUUUGCUUGAGUCUUUGGUUUUGUGACGGGGGAUCCGGAUCACUGAUCAGGAGAAGCGGGGGAAGGUUGCUGUGGGAGGAUCAGGAAGCCGGGGCACAGAUCUGAAGGAGGGACUUUUUAUUUAGUCAUGUUAAUAGCAACUUGAAGCACUGAUUUUAAUUCCCAAACAACCGGCGUACCAUGAGGUGUUACCUGCUUCUGCUCUGCGCUGUGGGGGCUGCCUCCCAGCCCGUGUGUAACCACCCUCCGAGCACCUGGUGCAGCUCCUGGGAAAUUGCCAAGGAAUGCCAGGUGGAAAAACAAUGCUUGGAAUUCUACUCUAAUCGUGAUUUGAAGAAGUCUUCUGAACCAGCUAUUCAGAUAGAUUUAUUCUAUGAAAGUCUCUGUGGAGGUUGUAGAGGUUUCCUUGUCCGGCAACUUUUUCCAUCGUGGCUGAUGCUCGCUGAAAUAAUCAAUGUGACAUUAGUUCCUUAUGGGAAUGCACAGGAAACAAACAUCACUGGUAAAUGGGUUUUUGAUUGCCAACAUGGACCUGAGGAAUGUCUGGGAAACAUGAUGGAGGCCUGUCUUAUCCAUAUUCUUGAUGAUAUAUACAAAUAUUUUCCAAUCAUUUUUUGCAUGGAGUCUUCCAACAACAUCACAAAAUCUUUGGAAUCCUGCCUUGCAGUUUAUGCACCUGAGUUACCACUUAAAACUGUAUUGGAGUGUGUAAAUGGGGAUUUGGGGAACAAGCUUAUGCACGAAAAUGCUCAAAAAACCAAAGGACUCAGUCCUCCUCACAAUUAUGUGCCCUGGAUUGUCAUUGAUGGGAUGCACACUGAUGAUCUUCAAGCACAAGCUCAAAGUUCUCUCUUUAACCUUGUUUGUGACACAUACAAAGGACCAAAGCCAGAACCCUGCUUGCACAGUGAAAUAACACCAUUAAAAAGGGAUGUUCUCUGCCUAAACUGAAUUACUCCUGAAUUGCUCCUACAGAAAACUAUUCCAACACCAGGGCAAAUGUACUUUUCAGACUAACCGUGUGUUUUUGUUUUCCCUUUUUUCUUUUUCUUUUCCCAAUUCCUUAUGUACUUUCAACAGUAUAACUAUAUUUUGGGUUUGCACCUUGCAUUUCACUAGAGGCCUUUCUUCAUACAGGGUUGCAGGGUGAGACCUUUUAAUGGUGUAUGUUCCCUGACAUGACAAUGCCCAAACUGUGACUGAAUGGCUACGUACUACUAAUUCACAUCUGCUUAAAUGUGUUUUAGUGUAAUGGAAUACCUAGUUGACAUUGUUGUGGUUUGACCUGUACACAUUAUGGGCAGACUUGGGUGCUUUCUGCUGAUACUAUUUGGGUACCAGCUGUUUUUAUCUAGACCUAUCCCCAGUUUCAUCAACCACAAACACCUGCACAGUAUGCCACAACCCCAGUGCCAACUUCUUGUAAUUUAUUUCCAACACUACAGAUUUAUGCAAGAUAAAGAAAGUUGUGUUAGCAAUUAGGAAAACAAAUUGAUCUACCUCAGUCUUUCCUGAAGGCGGAGACGACUUGAUCAGUUUUGUAGGCUUUACACAAACAAACUAACUGGGAAAUUAUUGAGGCCAAAGUGUCUAAAGCAUAGAAAAUAAACUUUCCAAGUUCACUGCUUUUCAGUGACCGGAAGAGGCGGUAUCCAUAACUAGUCAACAGUAAAAUUAGGCUGCAGCCUUCUUAGAAGCUGUCACUCUAGAUAACCAAUGGGAGAAAAUCAGGUUAUUGAAAAGUAAAGAAACAUUCAUCAUAUUUAUAGAUUUUUCUAAUUACACAUGGUUUUCAGUGAAAGGAAAAUGGAGAAAUGAAAUUAAGAUGCAUUUAAAUUCUUUACUGCUUACCGUAUGGUUACUCAUUAAUAAUAGGUGUAUUAAAGGAAUAGUAAAUCUAA